GCGGCUAUCGGCCUCGGCAGCGGCGCUGUGGCGAGGGCGGCAGCGCUGAGCCGCGGCCGCUCCCGUCACCAAGGCGCUGCCUGGCACAGAAACACAGACGGAGACGAACUGACAGACACACGCAGCGCGGAGCGGCGCGGGCUCGGGGGCCGCCUUUGUAGCUCCUCUCCUCCCUGCACCAUGCUCCGCUCCAGGCAGCACCCGCCCGCUGCUCCCUGAGGGCUGCCAGCCCCGAGCCCGGCUAAGCGGGCGACUGGCACCCGGUUCCUUCCCCCGCCCCCAGUUACCUGAGUUAGCUCCGUCCCGGGCACUUCGGCGGCGCCUCCGCCCUCUCCCGCUGUGGCAGCCCUUGUGCGGCGGAGGAGUGAGCCGCCAGCAGCCGGAGGGACUGCAGCCGCCGCCGGGGGAGACGAGCUCAAGCCCCCGCCCCCGGAGCUCUUCAUGGCGUCUCACCAGCAGACGAGGAUCCAAGCCUACCUGGAGAAGAAUAAGAUCGGUCCCCUCUUCGAGGAGUUGAUGACCAAGCUGAUAACGGAGACACCUGACCAGCCAAUCCCAUUUCUAAUUGAUCAUCUUCAGUCCAAGCAGGGAAACCGUGGUCAGCUUCAGAGAACAUUGUCUGGCUCUGCUGCGCUCUGGGCAGAGAGUGAAACAUCAGAAAAUAAAGGAACAAGAAGAGAUUUUAGAAAUUAUGAUAAGCCUUGGCAGGUAAAUGCAAAAAAGCCUAAAAAGUCAAAGAGCGACCUUGCUGUGUCCAACAUUUCUCCACCAUCACCGGAGUCCAAGUCAUUGCCAAGGUCAAUAGAGCAUCCUAAAUGGGAUUGGAAGACAAAACCGGAGAACCAUGAUUUUGAUGAACUAAAUCAUAUUCUUCAAGAGAGCAAAAAGCUUGGAAAAGCCCUUGAGAAUCUGUCUCGCAGCAUUGCUAUUUCUGAUGAACUCGAUAAGGACACAGCAGGUUUUAACACCCCCCUUCUCAGACCUCGUGUUAUUGGAGAAUGGAUUGGCCGUGAAGAGAAUGAUGCAGACCCUCUGGCUGCUGAGAUGCUGCAGCCACCAAUACCAAGGAAUAAAAAUGAGCAGUGGGACAGCGAGGAUAGCAGCAGUCCUGGAGGAAGCUUAAAAAUGGAGCCAAAGACCAAAGGAUUAAAACAUCAACAGCAGCAACAUAAGAAGCUGCUGGCUGCCAUGCUUUCUCAGGACUCCUUUGAUUCUGCUCAAAGCACAGCUCCAUCUGUAACCGAAGAAGACAUUGACAAUGAAGAUGAUGCAAUGGAACUACUGGAGGAUCUAGAUGAUCUCAGAAUGGAAGGAGUAACAAGUGUGGUGUCUUCUGGGAGCAAAUUCAAUCAAACUCGAAGUGCUCAUACUGCUGAGCCUCAAGCAAAGGUCACAUUGAAUAUAUGUGCAAGAUGUGCCAGAUUGCAAGGGGAUAAUUUGGCAGAAAGGCCAGAAGAUGUCUCCAUGGUAUCUCAGACAUCUGAGCCAGCAGUGUCAGACUCUGAUGCUCAAAUACCUGGGGUUGAAACGCUCACAGAAGAUGUUAAUGAGUUUCAGAGUACUUCUCAAGUGACAGCAUCUUCUCAGACAGUUUGGACCUUGGAUGCUGUGAGUGUUAGACCUGGAGGUUCCCCAAGGCAGAAACUCCUAAAGGACUCCUUAGCAGCAAAAGAGCUUCAGACCAUGGAAAAACACCUAGCUGACAUUGAGAAGGACCUCGCACUGUGGGAAGAAGCAAGGCUCUCAAGAAGCCCUGGUGUCCAGCAUCCCAGUGUAGUUACCUCUGACCACCAAGGCACUCUUCAAGCUGCACAGGGCCCAGCCCCAAGGCCUCAGGUGCCAGCUCCAACGGGGAAGAACGUUCAGCUCCAAGGAAGCAAAUCGCCGCCGCUGCCCACCAACAGCAGAACACAGGUCUCCAGUGUCACAAACAGCAGUGCACAAACCAAGAGGCCAGCAGCUCCAGGGAGCAGACCUAUGACCCCAAAUAGCUUGUUGUCACGGCCUCUUACCCCUAGCAACCAAGGAAAUAGGGAAGGCAUUAUUAGCAUUCAAAGAAGCAGAUCUUUGUCAUCCAAGAGCCAAAUGGGGAGGACCCUCAGUGCUGCUUCAGGGCUUUCUGUGCAAGUGAGUGGAGAUGUUGUUGGAACUGUCACUACUCAGAGAAACAGUUUAUCAGAAGAUGAAUUCUUGCAACAGCUUCAACUUGCUCAUCAACCUUGGAUAUUGCCUAGUGACACAGAAAGUGAAGGAGUGGAAGCUGACCAAGACAAAUGUUUGUGAAAUCAGUGGAAUUAUUGAAGAACAAUUUAAUAAAAAACAAAAAUAUGGUGAUCAAAACUACACCUGAAAAAUUGCUUUAGUUUAUUCAUAAAAAAAUUAAAUAAAGUUAUUUUUCUAGUAUCAGCAGCACAUGAGUGAAACUGCUCUGAUAUGAGGAUGCUGUAAUGCACUGAAUGAGACUAUUUACUGUGGUACAGUGGCCUUAGGAAAGAAGGGUAAUUGUCACCUUUUAGUAUAAAUUUACUACAGUAUUUUUUUUAGUUUAUACCCCUAUUGUUUUGGAUUGACAUUUGAUAAGCUAAAUUCUGCCUGACCAAAACAAACUUUGCCUAAAGAUUGUAUGUAUUUUAACUUGUCUAAGGUUUUCUACUCCUUAUAUUUUUGUAAUCUUUGCUCCUUUUUAGAUUAAUAAACAUUAAAGUAUUUGCUGCAUCUGCCCAUGUGUAUGUCCCAUUCAGGUCUCACAGAGAGCUGGCUGUUCACUCAUAGUCACCUGCAGAGAGAGGUCAGACAGGGGAAUGAGUGAAAGAGUGUGUGUGGGUAGCAGAAACAGGUGCUGCUUGUGCUGCAUAGCUUUGUAUUGAAUUUAUCUUCUUUGAUCUUUAAAACAAAUAAAGACUCUGUUAAAAAGGGGGACAUAAUAAGGAGUGGUGCAUGCAUGCAAAAAUAAAGCACCUAAAAGGAAUUUCAUAUAUUAUGAUAAAGUGUUAGUUACCCAUGUGAAUUACUGAGACAAACUUGCUGUUUAAAAUAUUCUAUCUGGUGUGUGCUGUGUGCUUGGAACUUCAGAGGAUGUGUUAGCACAGACAUCAAAUGAAGGGAUGUGGCAGUUGGAUUUACUGAUUUCAUUUACCUGUUAAUUCUGUCAAGUGUGUUCUCAGUUUCCUCUGUCUUCAAUUAUGUAUGCUCGGGUCCUGUAUCUUUGACAGAAUAAUGAAAUUGCUUGCAACUAUUAAAAAAUACAGUAUUACAAAGCAUCUAUUUGUUUA